AUGGCAAAACUGACUGAUGAUGCCGACUACGAUGCCGGCGAAACGUUUGAAAAUGUAUCAAGUCCACGGUCGGAUGCUAGGAAUCAUGACAACUACUAUGGCAGACGACUUCGGACUCGGUGCAUUCUACAUGGUCCCCCUGACAACAAGACUAAGUUGCGACAACGA